CAGGCAAGCAAGCACAGAGUUUUCUUAACAAUGGAUGGCAAGGCAAAUGUGAAGUCCAUCAUGGCGAAGUUUAAUAACAACGCAGCUGAGGAUGUUCAUUGCCAUCAGGUCAGAAGUGGGGGCCACCCUCCUUUGGCUAAAAAAGCAGCCUUUGAGAAGUUCGCCCAGCUUGAAAAUGCUAGUCUGUCUUCCAAACCCAACAGUUUGUACAAGCCUACAUCGCUUAAAUCGCCUCCGAGCACAAAACCUCUUCAUGAUGCAUCUGGCAAGGAUUUUAAAGGGCCACCUUUGCAAAGCAGCCCUGUGGCCAGCAAAGUGAAGAUGCUAGCCGAGGCUGCUAGCCGAGAAGCUAAUGAAAAAACUACCUAUCCAAAGCCUUUGGUUCCCAAGAUUUCUGAAGGACUAAGAGAAGAAACUAAGCCAGUGUUCCCAAAGAUUCCUGAGAAGAAACUACCUGGUUCUCCUCCUCAGAAGAGUGAAAUAAAGCCUUUAGAUCAGAGAUGGUUCAAACCUGAACCCCAAGGAAGUGAAGCAAAGCCUGUGUUUCCCACGGUCGCUGGAGUUAAAGAAAAAUUCAACAGUGCUGCACAGGAAAACAACUCCAAGCCUCCUUUUCCAAAGCCACCUGUUAAGCACAAACCAAGUCAGAGUUUCACCCACGGUGAAGAGGUUUCCAACAAAAGUGCUUGUUUCAAUCAGGUGUCACCAAAUUCCAGCGGCCUCAAGUCGAAAGCUGGUUCCAUCCAACCCCUCAAAGAUCCACAGGACAAGAGUAGAAAUGAAACUAACCCCAUCAACCCUUUCCCACCUUUGAAACAUGUCAACCACCAGAACAACCUGCCUCAAAUCCCCCCUAAACCUGUUGGGCAGCAGAAUGAAGAGGCAAAACCAAAACCCAUCAAGAAUAUUUUCCUACAAAACAAACAAGAGGAGUCUGGAUCUGCUUCUGGUGCCAUUGCUGCUAUACUCGCCAAUUCAUCUCGAACAGUUACGACAGGACCUUGGGCCAAUAAUACUGGAAAAGAAGAGAAAGACAAAGACAAAAAUUUGCCCAGACGAAAAACACUACCUUCAACAAUGAUAUUGGGACCAGCCCCACAGAAGCCUAACAGGCCUCCAACAGUUGACCUGCAAAAAUUCAGGAAAAGUCAUGGGGAAGGUUCCAGUUCAUCCAAUUCAGCGGGUUUGCCUCCCCCGCUUCCGCCACCCAUUCAUGCCAGACAGUCUACAGAUUUAUUGUCACCCCCACCACCUCCUCCCCCUCCUCCAGGUUUUCGUCCAUCAACACAAACUCCUGUUCUCCCCCCACGGGACAACCUCCCAUCCAGACCUGAUUUCAGGGGCCAAGAAAAUGAAGAAAAUUAUGAUGAUAUUGGAUUUGGUUCAGAAGAUACUGGAAAUGCAGAUGAAAACAGUGAUGGAGAAAUGUAUGAAGACAUAAAUGAGAUGAGAUUUAAACCACAAGAAGAGGGGAAAAAGAAAGAGAAGGAGGAAAAGAAAAAAUCUGAUCAAAAGAAAGAACAAAGGGAUAAAGAUAAAAAGGAGCAAGAACUCAGAAAAAAAUUCAAGCUAGAAGGUCCCAUUGAAGUUAUUCACCAGGCACGAGCUUCCACAGACUUUAAAGGAGGAAAGUAUGAUCUGUCAUUCAGACAAGGAGAUCUAAUUGAAAUACUUCGUGUCACAGACAAUCCAGAAGGGAAAUGGCUGGGAAGAUUUAAAGGCUCAUAUGGCUACAUUAAAACUACCAUGGUGGCAAUUGACUACGAUACGUUGAAAAGGAAACCACGGCCUCCCAUGCAUGUUCAGUCAAAGCACCCAGACAGUGAUCAAGAAGUGUACGAUGAUGUUGGAGACCAGGAUAGUAUCAGCAGUGGAAGUCAGAGUGCCGUGGGAGGGUUUCCGCCACCUCCAUCAGAUGACAUUUAUGAUGGUGUAGAAGAUGAUGAGAUUCCAGAGAAAUUUCCCUCACCAGGUCCCGUGGACUUAGAUUCUGGAGACAGUGAUGUUUACGAUGAUGUUGAAUCCACUGACUUCCCUCCCCCACCAAAAGAAAUUAGCCUCCCAAAAAAUAUAAAAUCUUUCAACUUUGGGAGGGGCAGAUCUGAUGAACGUGAUUCACAGAAGUUUAAAAAAAUUGACAAAGAAGAGAAAGAUUUUCGAAAAAAAUUCAAAUAUGAAGGUGAUAUUCGAGUUCUUUACACUACUACCAUAUCUAAAGCACCAUCCCCAAAGAAAAGAGGUUCCAAAGAUUUGCAAGUCAAGCCAGGAGAACUGGUUGAGGUUAUUCAAGAUGUGGAUGAUACUAAAGUGCUUUGUAGGAAUGAAGAAGGAAAAUGUAAGUACUAA